CCGCCAGAGAGUAUAAUAGUCUAGUUUCUUGUAUUCUGCGGGUCAUUUUCUUUGAUUUCUGUUUUGUUUUUAGUUUUUCGUCAUGUCUGGCCGGGGGAAACAGGGUGGUAAGGUACGUGCCAAGGCCAAGACCCGCUCCUCGCGGGCCGGGCUCCAGUUCCCCGUGGGCCGUGUGCACCGCCUGCUCCGCAAGGGCAACUACGCCGAGCGGGUCGGGGCUGGCGCUCCGGUGUACCUGGCGGCGGUGCUGGAGUACCUGACGGCCGAGAUCUUGGAGCUGGCGGGCAACGCGGCCCGCGACAACAAGAAGACGCGCAUCAUCCCGCGUCACCUACAGCUGGCCAUCCGCAACGACGAGGAGCUCAACAAGCUGCUGGGCAAAGUCACUAUCGCUCAGGGCGGCGUCCUGCCCAACAUCCAGGCUGUACUGCUGCCCAAGAAGACCGAGAGCCACCACAAGGCCAAGGGCAAGUGAACCUAUCCCAAUAUCAGAAAAUUUCAAAAUCAAAGAUGGCGUCCGGCGGUCCUGGGACUGGCUCUGGUGGUGCUUGAGG